GUCGCCGGGCAGCUUCUCGACACUCUCCAACAUGGCGGCUGCGGCUGUGUUCCCCGUGUCCAUGUCCAUGUGUGUGCGGGUGAGCCGGGGCCUGCUGAGGCUCCGCAGCGGGGCGGUGACUGCCUCUAGUCAGGCUCUGGUGGACAGCGGCCGGACCCUCUCCACGGAGAAGCCGGCUCCGGUCGGACUGGCUCAGGCGAUCCUCCAGGAGAGACUCCAGCAGCAGCAGCAGCAGCAGGGCAAGCCUCCUCCUGAGGGAGGCGAGGGCGAGAAGGAAGGAGAACAUACAGGACCAGAGGACAAGAAGCAGAAGGAGAACACCGCCUACGCCAAGAAGAUGGUGCUACGGCUCGCCGGGCUCAUGGGAGUCGGCGGAGCGGUCGGCAUGGUCUACCUGUUCGGCACCAAUUCAGUGGACGAACAAGGACACGUGAUUCCAGACGAGUUCGACAGAGAUCCUCCCGUCGUCCAACAGUUGAAAAGAACCUUCAAAUACUUCCAGGACUACAGACAGAUGAUCAUCGAGCCGACGAGCCCGAAGCUGCUGCCCGACCCCCUGAAGGAGCCGUACUACCAGCCUCCCUACACGCUGGUGCUGGAGCUCACCGACGUCCUGCUGCACCCGGAGUGGUCGUUGUCGACAGGUUGGCGGUUUAAGAAGCGUCCGGGCAUCGACUACCUGUUCCAGCAGCUCGCUCCGCUCUACGAGAUUGUCAUCUUCACCGCAGAGACCGGCAUGACGGCGUAUCCUCUGAUCGACAGCAUCGACCCAGGGUUCGUCAUGUAUCGCCUCUUCAGAGAUGCAACGCACUACAUGGAGGGGCAUCAUGUUAAGGACGUGUCCUGUCUGAACCGGGACACCAGUAAGGUGAUUGUGGUGGACUGUAAGCGGGAGGCGUUCAGCCUGCAGCCCUUCAACGGCAUGGCUCUGAAGAAGUGGGACGGAAACUCAGAGGACCGGACGCUCUACGACCUCGCCAACUUCCUCAAGACCAUCGCUCUGAGCGGCGUGGACGACGUGCGCUCGGUGUUGGAGAACUACGCUCUGGAAGACGACCCCAUCGACGCCUUCAAACGCCGACAGGCUCAGCUGGCGCUGGAGGAGGAGCAGCGUCUGGCCGAGCUCUCCCAGCAGAAGAAACAGGGACUGUCUCUCGGCUCCAUCGCCUCGCGGUUCUGGCGCUCCAAACAGCAGUGAGGCCCCGCCCCCACCCUCUCACACGUCCACCAAUCGCAGCCCGGCUCGCCAUCUGCGUCGAGGGGAGGGGCCAGAGGAGAGGCGGGGGGGAGAGACCUGCGUCCCUGCAACCAAUCAUGUCUCAGUUGGCGGGAACAUUGUCCGUCCUCUGCACCAAUGAGAGGCACUUCCUGUUCUUUUGGAGGCGGGGCGUCGGCGGCCCCGCUCCCGUUGGAUGUCACCUGACGCGUAUCUAAGCUGCUGAUUGGUUAAAAAAAGAAAAACAAGAGACGGAGGAUCCAGGUCAGGAUAAACUCUUGUUGUUGGCGGUUUGGAGGCUGAUCUGAGAUCAGCGCUGCUAUCGCCACUCCAGCUGUGGAUCGGCCCCGCCCGCUCACAGGAUCUGACCUGAGAUCAGCGGCGCUCCCGUACCGCACCUCCAGAAUGUCUAUUUAAUUGUAUUUCCUGUUCCUCUCUGUGUGUGUGUGUCAGACUGGCUGCCGGAGACGACGUUAAAAUAAUGAAUAUUGUUUAUAAGAAAUAAAGAUUAAACAGGAAGUAGUGUUCCUGAGAGUUUAUUCAGCGUGUCAGACCGUCGGCGUCGUCCGGCGGUGGUGGCGGCGUGGACGGGUGAUCGCCUCGGCUUGUGGCCGCGGUGAAGACUGGACUGGUGGAGAAGCGAAGAUCCCUCCUCGUCUCUCAUUUACACACAAGGAUCAGUCUGUUCUGUAUUUUUCUUAUUGUCAACAAAUCCCAUAAAAAAAAAAAAGACUCAAACCAACAACGUGUAAGUCCGUCCCUCAUUACUGUCUGACUUCCUGUCUGCAGCUCCAAGCACAUUGGUUCCUACUGAUGACGUACAUCUGUAAAAACACAUUCAUUUGAAAAAAUAAAGGCUCAGUAACUUCCUAAAACAAAGGCUAAACGCCAACAAAUAUGGAUUGAAGCAGAAAGGCUAAACGCCAACAAAUAUGGAUUGAAGAAAAUAUUUAGUUCAAUUGUAUACACAUUAAACAGUGUGUGUUGGAGGA